UUCGGGGACUCAGGGUGGCUCCAGCGCCAGCCACAGAAAGCAGCGCGCCUCCAUUCGGGACGCCAGAGCCCUCCCAUAGCCCCCGGAGAGAGCUCCCGUCGUCAGGGGCGAACGGCCAGAUCUCGCGAGGCCAGCUCAGUCUCGCGACUUCUGGGAUGAGCCAGCCGCUGUUUUGGCUACGAGAUUCCUCAAGUGGCGGCGUUUGCAGUCGAGCUACGGAGGCCGAGUUGCCAGAUUACGGGAAAGUAUUUAAGGAGCUUGUGGAGUAAUAUGAAUCAGAGUAAUAUAGGAUCUGCAAGAAGUCCCUCAAGAUAGCUGGAAAAGAAGAAUUUCUAGACUCCUCAUCAAGAUCUUCAUUUACACAGUGGUUAAAUCCAAGGCUCCUGUGGUAAAAUCAUGAAUAAAAAUACAUCUGCUGUGGUAUCAUCCAGUCUACUUGAAAAGGACCCUGCCUUUCAGAUGAUUACAGUUACCAAGGAAACAGGCCUUGGUCUGAAGAUCCUUGGAGGAAUUAACCGGAAUGAAGGUCCCUUGGUAUAUAUUCAGGAAAUCAUUCCUGGAGGAGACUGUUAUAAGGAUGGACGUUUGAAGCCAGGAGAUCAACUUGUCUCAAUAAACAGGGAAUCCAUGAUUGGUGUAUCCUUUGAGGAAGCAAAAAGCAUAAUUACCAGAGCCAAGUUGAGGUCAGAAUCUGCUUGGGAGAUAGCGUUCAUAAGACAAAAAUCGGAUGGCAGUCAUCUGGAAAAUCCAUCUUGUACAUCCCUUUUACAAACUUCAGGAGAGCAUGGACCACAAGCUCCAACAUUUAGCCUUCUUCCUUCUCCCCCUGAAAUACUAAUUCCAAAGACGCCAUCUACUCCCCAAACUACAGAUCACAUUUUAUCUUCUUUUAAGAGAAAUCAGAUAAAAACUGGAUACAAGAAAACAGAACAGACUCCAAUUACUUCUUCAGAAAACAGCCUUACGGAUAUGUCUAAUACAGAUAUUGCCCCUGCCUGGACUGAUAAUUAUGGACCACAAGGAAAGAAGAUUUCCCUAAAUCCCUCUGUUCGCCUUAAGGCAGAGAAAUUGGAAAUGGCUCUGGAUUAUCUUGGUAUUCAGCCCACAAAGGAACAACACCAAGCCCUGAGACAGCAAGUUCAAGUAGACCCAAAGGGGACAGUGUCUUUUGGAGAUUUUGUCCAGGUUGCCAGAAACUUGUUUUCCUUGCAGUUGGAUGAAGUAAAUGUUGGUGCAGGUGAAAUUUCCAACAUGCUAGAUUCACAGCUUCUUCCCUGUGAUUCCUUAGAGGCAGAUGAAAUGGAAAGGCUUAAACGUGAAAGAAAUGAUGCCUUGGAGGAAGUGAAUACACUCAGGGAAAAACUAUUUGAAUCAGAAAGGCAAAAGAAACAGUUGACAGAAGAACUCCAGAAUGUGAAACAGGAAGCCAAAGCUGUUGUUGAAGAAACCAGAGCCCUGCGAAGUCGGAUUCACCUUGCUGAAGCUGCACAGCGACAGGCACACGGAAUGGAAAUGGACUAUGAAGAAGUGAUCCAUCUGUUAGAGGCCGAGAUCACAGAUCUAAAGGCUCAGCUUGCUGAUUAUUCAGACCAAAAUAAAGAAAGUGUCCAGGAGUUGAGAAAGAGAAUCACAGUCCUCGACUGCCAAUUGCGAAAAUCAGAAAUGGCUCGAAAAACUUUUGAGGCAUCCACUGAAAAGCUUCUUCAUUUUGUAGAGACUAUUCAAGAACUAUUUUCUGAUAAUCCUUCUCCUUUAUCAAAUUUAAGUGACAGGAGGGUGGCGUUAGCCUCUCAGACUCCCCUCACGCCCCUGGGAAGGAGCGGACGGAACAUCGCAGCGACACUGGCACUUGAAUCUAAGGAACUUGUCAAAUCUGUUCGAGCCAUACUUGAUACGGAUUGUCUACCUUAUGGGUGGGAAGAAGCUUACACAGCAGAUGGAAUCAAGUACUUCAUCAAUCACGUAACACAGACGACAUCCUGGAUCCAUCCCGUGAUAAGUGCACUGAACCUGUCUUGCUCAGAGGAAAAUGAAGAGGAUUGUUCCAGAGAACUUCCUGAUCAAAGAGUUGAUGGUCUUCUGUAGCAAGCAGAGCUCCGUGGUCUUCUAACAUCUCAGUCUACAUGGAUGACACCAACAUGCAACGGUCUAAAAUAGGAGUAAAGCACACCCUACUUACUGAAGUUCUAAAAUGGAGAACUUUUGUAAAAAUUCUCUACUUUUGUAUAACUUUUUUAUUUUUUGGACUUGCGAUGAGCAUUUUUUUUAUUGAGGUUUAAUUCACAUGGAGUGUUAUAAUAAUUUCAGGUGUACAAUAUGGUGGCUCAACACUUCUGUGCAUUACUCAGUGCUCAUCAUGAUAAGUGUACUCUUAUAACCCCCUUUAUUUCAUCCACCCCCCCGACCUGCCUCCCCUCUGGCGACUACCAUCUUGUUCUCUGAAUUUAAGAGUCUGCUUUUUUGUUGUCUCUUUUUUUAUUUGUUCGUUUGGUUUGUUUCUUAAAUUCUACAUAUGAGCGAGAGCAUACGGUGUGGUAAAACUUCUUAAUAUAAGUGUAUACAUUUACAAGAGCAGUUGCCACUAAGUAGUUCUUUAAGAAUAAUCUAGUUGUAUUUUUUGAAAUCAUAUAUAGGUUUUAUAAUAUGUAUAGUUUUUCAUAUACAAUUUGAUUUAUAGUUUUAUAUAUAGUUCUUUAUAGAGUAUCAGAUAAAACGGUUUUUAUCAUUAAGACUUAUCAGAAAAUUAUGUGAACACAGUAAAACACUUCAUUUCACUAACCGUUUACAGUCGUGUCUUAGGAAAGUGCUCUGAGCAAGCUUUUGGGGGUUUCUUACGGAUCACAUUGGACAACUAUCUCGUGGGCUACUGAAUGCAGUUUACAUAUUUGUGGGGCUCUCUAGUUACAAAAUGCUCCUCAGACCCUGUUUUGGUUAAAACAUACAAGAUGCGCGUGAGGCAGAUCCACUGGGUAUUUUUUUAUUCUUGUUUUCCAGUUAGGAAAAUAGCGGUUCAGAGAAAUGAAGCACCUUGUCCUGGAGCUGAGGUUUACACCCGAGUCUUCUGAUUCUCCAUCCAACCCCCUUUCUGCUGCACCCCGCUGUCCCUGCAGAGGGAGGUCACGGCUGACACGCCGGCCACCGUGGCUCUGUUGACACAGCUGAGCUCCACAGCUGUGCGCUCCAGCGGCCACAGAUUCAGGAGGUACCUCUCUGGUCGGACGUGGCCCCCACAUAACCCCACUCUUCUCCUGUAAACACUUCUACCUCCCACACCCCCAAAUAGUCACCAAGUCAGGGUGCAGCUCUGUGAUGCCCUUUCCACAGGCUUCUUGCAGCAGCUCGCGUUUUUCUAAAGUAAAGGGAAUGGCUUACAUCAGCGGUCUGCCCUGCCAGAGGGAACUUUUGCAGGGAGUUAAUGAGAAGAGGGGCCUCUGGAAUCUCCUCUGCUCUCUGAACACAUCCACGAAGUCUCCUGCUAUGAGUUCAAGACUGACCUCGUGACUGCCGAUGUCACCUUCCAAACUGAUUACACUUCCCAUCUUAGGUUAUUCUAUUGUAAGGAUGCCACUAGCCAGUUCCUGGAAGGUCUGGGCCAUUGACUUGGAGUGCUAAAGAUUGUCUUUUUAUUGAUAUAAACCAGGGGCUAAGAAUUGGGGCAGAGUGAGGACAAAGUCCACCAGGACAAUGUCCUGAACCAACUAAUGCUAAAAAAGGGAUUUGUUCCUCUCCAGUACUCUGAUACCGUUAGGUAAUAUACUUAGGAAGAAAGUGAGUCAGAAUCAUUAAGUGAUCAGAAUAUCCUGUUCUUAACCAUGGCUGGUAAGGCUGAGAAGUUACUGUUUGUCAUGGUGGCCUCUUCCCCCACCCCUUCCUCUUCCCCCACCCCUUCCUCCUCACUCCCUCUCCACCUCUAAAAUACAAGCAGGAAAAAGGAACCCAACCUUGAGAAUCAUGUGAUUCGGUGAUUUUUUUUCCCCAAACAUCUUUUGGUGAAAAAGACUCAUUUUUCAAAUGGACUCUUAGCAGAAUCCCAAUAUAUGUAAUGGAUUUUUUUUUUAAAUAUUGUUACUCUUCUUGAAAUGAGAGAAACCUGAAGCCCUAUUAAAGCAUCCCCAGGCAUGGCUGUGCAAACCUAGGGCUCCCUAGAAUAUAGCAUAAGAUUCCUCAAUUGUAGCCAUUUUAUAGAUGUAAACUGAGAUCCUAUGAGGUCACACAGUGAGUCAGUACCAGGUCAAGACGGGACCUAGAUCCUAAAGCCUCCUAGUCUACUACAUUUCAUAUGGCGUGUAAUAUAGAUGUAUGUUGUAAAUAUGGGUCUGUAUCAUGAAUAUAUAUAGGAUUUAUAAUUUACACCUUGAAUAAAAACAUGAAGUCAAAUCCAGGCUGAUAGGUAGUCAUUAGCCCGAGAAAAGUUUCCGAGUGGCUGAAGAAGACUCAGGCUUCUCCUGACAGCUGUAUGAAUAUGAGCAGGCUUCAGGGAGACAAGCUUUGAGAGAAGCCCUUGAGGGAGCUCUUUCCUUGUGUCCCCCAGAGGUGAGUGGGAUUCUCAGACCCCCAAAGUUGCUUUCAUAAGUUGGUGCCUAUAAUUGCCAAAGUACAGACUUUUUGUUGUUGCUAAAUUAAUGGUAUGAAAUUUCCCUCCCCCUCCUAGGAGUGUUUUCUCUAAUUUGUUUCUAAGUGAAGAAAACACAGAGGAGACGUUAGAGUCACUUGAGAUCCAGGUCCUCAGGCACGCAUCUCACCGACAGACGCCUCAUACGUCAGCUUUGCUGUUUUCUGCCAGUUUCUUCCCUGCUUCCUCAUAAAAUACCUUAUGGGAAAGGCCUCUGAAAAUUGUAAGGAUAUCAUUUGUUGAGCAUUUUGUGCCACACAUUGUGAUGCGUAGUUUGCAUAGAUUAUUUCAUUAUCUUCCUAAAACAGCCCCAUGAUGUAGAAACUCUUAUCCCCCUUUUGUAAAGAAGAGAUUUAACAUUAGAGGGAGUUGCCAGUCUUUGCCAAGGGGUCACGCAGCACCUGCAUGUGGAAGCCAGGGCCCAAGGCAGGUCUGGCACCGCCCACUCUCUUCAACCAUCUGUGGAGCUGCUUAGAUCCAUUGCAUGUGACACUUGGGGUAGAGGUGGGGUCCGUGAGUCAGUUUCUCAACCUGGGCAGAUACCAGUUCAGUGCACAAGGAACUUUCUGGUAGUUGGGGCUCAUCAGGAAAGAAUUCCCCCAUGAGAAGUGGAGGCACUGACCCAGGAAGUGGUCAUCCUGAGCUCUUUAUGGGAACGGUACUGAAUCGGCUGGACCUUUUGAGCACUCUCUGAGAUUCCUUCCUCUUUAUGCCCUCCAAACCAACAGAUAAAUGCCCAGGAGACAAAGAACCAUGAUAUGGACUCAUUAAGAAUCCUUAUCCAAUGCAAAUAGAACCAUCAGACUAUUUUUUGGUGAGUUGAUGUUUAUAUAGCCAAUCUUUCAUUAAUAUAAAUCAACUUUGUUAAUGUGAUAAACCCAACUGACCCACUGGCUCAGAUUCUAGGGUUAGAAAACCUCCGUGUUCUUACAUCCUCCUGCCUCACUUCACGAAUGAGUAUUUUUACAAAGUUAAUCAUACUUGUUAAGCAGCUUGCUUUUGACAUAUUUAUUGUGGUCGUUUUUUUCCAUUUCUAUGUAUUUGUCAAUACAUAGAUUGUUCUAUGUCAAACGUCUGCAUAAAAUAUCAUUACCCAGAUAACUCAUAAUCUUUGUAGCCAUCAGUCUAUUUGAUGAACACUUAGGCUGUUCUAAGUUCUCUCCUGUUACAAUGUCACAGUGAACAUUGUUACAAUCAUUAAAUCCUUUUCUUCACAUAUGCACGCACUCUUAUGCCAAUAGGUCUAUAAUGCGAAUACAUUCAUCAAAGUAAAUUGCUAUAUCAAAGGCUUGUUCCUUUUAAAUUUGGUAACUAUUCAUAAAUUCUCCUGCGUUAAAACAGAGCCAAUUUACACCACCACAAA